AUGCAGAAGAGCGUGCGCUACAACGAGGGCCACGCUCUGUAUCUGUCGGUGGUCGCGCGUAAAGAGGGCUCCAGGCGCGGCUUCCUGAGCAAGAAGACCACGGAGAACAGCCGCUGGACCGAGAAGUUCUUCGCCCUGUACCAGAACGUGCUCUUCUACUUCGAGAACGAGCAGAGCGCCAGACCUUCCGGUAUCUACCUGCUGGAGGGAUGCACCUGCGAGCGAGCACCGGCCCCCAAGGUCUCCGCCAUCAGCAGAGAGCCCCUGGAGAAACAGCAGCACUACUUCCUGGUCAUCUUCGGCCACGAUGGACAGAAACCUUUGGAGCUGCGGACAGAGGAAGAGUUGGACUGCAAUGAGUGGGUGGAGUGCAUCCAGCAGGCCAGUUAUUCUGACAUCAUCAUUGAGCGUGAGAUUCUCAUGCAGAAGUACAUCCACCUGGUCCAGAUCAUGGACACUGAGAAGAUCUCAGCCAAUCAGCUUCGCACUCAGCUGGAGGACCAGGAUACUGAGAUAGAGAGGCUUAAAGCUGAGAUUGUAGUGUUGAACAAAACCAAGGAAAGGAUUCGGCCUUCCCAGACCAACCAAGAGGAGGAAGACCCCGAUAUUAAAAAGAUCAAAAAGGUGCAAAGUUUCAUGCGUGGCUGGUUGUGCCGGAGAAAGUGGAAGAUCAUUGUCCAGGACUACAUCUGCUCCCCUCACGCCGAGAGCAUGAGGAAGAGGAACCAGAUUGUCUUCAACAUGGUGGAGGCAGAGACAGAGUACGUCCACCAGCUGUCCAUCCUGGUGAACUGCUUCCUCAGGCCACUCCGCAUGGCUGCCAGCUCCAAGAAACCUCCCAUCAGUCAUGACAACGUCAGCACCAUCUUUCUCAACAGUGAGACCAUCAUGUUUCUGCAUGAAAUCUUCCACCAAGGUCUAAAUGCACGGAUUGCCAACUGGCCCACGCUAGUUUUGGCCGACCUGUUUGACAUCCUGCUGCCCAUGCUGAACAUUUACCAGGAGUUUGUGCGUAACCACCAGUACAGUCUGCAGGUGUUGGCAAACUGUAAGCAGAACAGAGACUUUGACAAGCUGCUGAAACAGUACGAGUCCAACGCUGCCUGCGAGGGCCGCAUGCUGGAGACCUUCCUCACUUACCCCAUGUUCCAGAUUCCACGGUACAUCAUCACUCUCCAUGAGCUGCUGGCACACACACCUCAUGAGCACGUGGAGCGCAAGAGCCUGGAGUUUGCCAAAUCCAAACUGGAGGAGCUGUCAAAGAUGAUGCACGAUGAAGUGAGCGACACAGAGAACAUCAGGAAGAAUCUGGCGAUAGAGAGGAUGAUUGUAGAGGGCUGUGACAUCCUGUUAGACACAAGCCAGACCUUCGUCAGACAAGGCUCUCUCAUCCAGUUGCCGUCCAGCAGUGAGCGCGGCAUGCUCAGCAAAGUGCGCCUGGGCUCCCUCUCGCUGAGGAAGGAGGGAGAGAGGCAGUGCUUUCUGUUUACCAAGCACUUCCUCAUCUGCAACCGAACAUCUGGAGGAAAGCUCCACUUGCUCAAGCAAGGAGGAACGUUGUCUCUGAUCGAGUGUACUCUCAUUGAAGAACUGGAAGCCAGUGAUGAGGACUACAACGCAGCAGGUCAGGGCUUCAACCAUCUGGAGUUUAAAGUUGUGGUGGAACCUCCUGACGGUCAGUGCUUCUCUGUUGUCCUCCUGGCUCCGUCUCGCCAAGAAAAGGCUGCGUGGACCAGCGACAUCAGCCAGUGCAUUGAUAAUAUCCGAUGUAACGGCUUGAUGACCAGUGUGUUUGAGGAGAACUCCAAGGUUUCUGUGCCGCACAUGAUCAAGUCUGACGCUCGCCUGCAUAAAGACGACAUUGACAUCUGCUUCAGCAAGACUCUCAACUCCUGCAAGGUUCCACAGAUCCGAUACGCCAGCGUGGAGCGUCUGCUGGAACGACUGACAGACCUGCGCUUCCUCUCCAUAGAUUUCCUCAACACCUUCCUUCACACUUACAGGAUCUUCACCACGGCUGCCGUGGUCAUCGACAAGCUGGCCGUCAUUUACAGGAAGCCCUUUACCUCCAUACCUGUCAGGAUCGAGCAACAUUCAUGUGAUCGUCUGUCCAUCAUGUCCCUCUGUCCUGACUACAGUCUGAAGAUCACGCAGCUUGCAUUGGACCAGACCAAGUCUCUGGAGCUGUUCUUCGCGACCAACCAAAGCACGUGGGGAGCGGACAACUUGAACAACAAAUCCCCGAGGCUCUGCCGCAAGUUCUCCUCUCCCCCUCCCCUCUGCAUCCCCUCUCGCACCUCCUCCCCCGUCCACUGCCGCAAGCUGUCCCUCAACUCCCAGAUCGGUGCGAAAGUGGGAGCCCUGGACUUGUCUCCUACCCCCUCGUCCUCUGCAGCCAGCUCCCCCACCUCCAGUCACAGCCCCUCCAUCUCCUCUCCUCCUCCGAGCUCCACCCGGCCCCCUUCCGGCUUUUCCUCCCCUCCUCCCACCUCCACACGCUCUCCCAGCUUCCCCCUGACCUCUGGGUUGUCGUCGCCGCCCCCCACCUCCACCAAGGCCCCACUGGACCUCAGCCGUGGUCCCAGCCCCAGCUUCCCAGAGCUGAGCGCAGCCGCAGGGGAGGACAUCAGCGGAGAGCUGCCUCGCAUCGACGCCUUCUGUGGGAAGCUGAGGCGAAGCAUCCGCAGGGCUGUCUUGGAGACAGUAUCUCUGGACAAGUUUCUUCCGGAAAUGCCUGCUAGCAGCGAGCCGGGCGACAUGUCUCCCUGUCGAUCACCUUCGACGCCGAGGCACCUCCGCUUCCGACAGCCAGGAGUCUCACCAGGAGAGAACUCUCGCUGCACAAUGUCGCCGGCUUCUGCUUUUGCCAUCGCCACCGCUGCUGCUGGGCAUAGCAGCUCCCAGGGUUUCAGUAAUUCCGAAAAAACCUGUGACAAAGAAUUCAUCAUCCGCAGAGCUGCAACCAACAGAGUUCUCAAUGUGCUGAGACACUGGGUUUCCAAACACUCCCAGGACUUUGACAUGAACAGUGAACUGAAGAUGGGGGUGAUCAGUCUCCUGGACGAGGUGCUGCGGGAUCCAGACCUGCUGCCGCAAGAGAGGAAAGCUACAACCAACAUAUUAAGUGCCCUUUCUCAAGAAGACCAAGACGAUGCUCAGCUGAAGAUAGAGGACAUAUUACAAAUGAAAAGCUGUCCCCUGCUACACUUCAUCGCGGCGGAGAGUCCUAAAGCUGAGUGUUUUGAGUCUCUGUCGGCGAUGGAAAUGGCAGAACAGAUCACACUGCUGGAUCACAUUGUGUUCAGGAGUAUUCCCUAUGAGGAGUUCCUCGGUCAGGGCUGGAUGAAGAUUGACAAAACUGAGAGGACUCCGUACAUCAUGAAGACCAGCCAGCACUUUAAUGAUAUGAGCAACCUGGUGGCGUCUCAGAUCAUGACCCACACUGACGUGGGCUCCAGGGCCAGCUCCAUAGAAAAAUGGCUGGCGGUGGCUGAUAUCUGUCGCUGCCUCAACAACUACAAUGGCGUGCUGGAGAUCACCUCAGCUCUCAACCGCAGUGCCAUCUACAGGCUGAAGAAGACCUGGGCCAAAGUCUGCAAGCAGACGAAGGCGCUGAUGGACAGGCUGCAGAAGACGGUGUCAUCCGAGGGGAGGUUCAAGAAUCUCAGAGAGACUCUUAAAAACUGUAACCCGCCAUGUGUGCCGUACCUGGGCAUGUACCUGACUGACCUGGCUUUCAUUGAGGAAGGAACACCCAACUUCACUGAGGAGGGCCUGGUCAACUUCUCCAAGAUGAGGAUGAUUUCUCAUAUCAUCCGGGAGAUUCGUCAGUUCCAGCAAGCACCUUACAGGAUAGAGCACCAACCCAAGGUGACUCAGUUCCUCCUGGAUAAGACGCUAGUGAUGGAUGAAGAUACCCUCUAUGAGCUGUCACUGAAGAUUGAACCCCGAGUACCACCUGGCUAGUUACAUCUUUAAAUACACACAAACAACUAUGUUUUCCAGCAUAAACACAGGGCCAACAAUUUAAGAUAAGGCAGGAAACACUGCAAUUUAUUGUGCUUAGGGAUCUCAGGAGAAAAUGUGCCUUGUUGUAUGAAUAUCUGAUGUGUAUAUUACAGUAAACAGAAUGGACUGUGAAACAUACACAACUCUGCCAUACAAUUGUACAGUAAUGACUGUAGAAACAACAUGUUAGCUACUGAAAGUGGCACUAGAAAGUAACCAGUUGCUGCUACCACACUGUACAUACCAAACAAUCUGCCUCUGUAGUCUUGCACAUAAACACUGUCAGAUGAGUUUUGUAUAGUUGGUAUGAUCAUGGCCAGAUUAACCUGCUUGAGGGACCAAGUGAGCUGCUGGGCCCAUAUGAACCGUCCCUGUGUGACAAUGUCUGGAUGCUGGUUUAUUGGGAGGCCCCACUUGGCGGUGUGGCUGCUUCAGAAUUUAUUUACCAAGACGCAACGAGGAAGCUCAGCAGCUACACGGGAUGGAAACGUUUGUUGUGGUCAUUUCUUUUGUUUUCUAUGUGACAACAAAACACAUGACACCAGCCUUUAGAGACACAACCCAUAAUGCUCAAUUCUCUGUAGUGGACUGUGUUCCAGUCGUAUC